AUGAACGCUGUACUCUGCCUCACCACUCUUCUCGCUGUCAUUUACCUCUCUGAGGCCACCCCCUCUGGAUACAAUCAGGAAUUGAUAGCUUCUAUAACGGAAUGUAUGAAGAAGUAUGGUCUAGGAAAAGAUGAAGUUGUUACCGUAAUGAAGACUUAUACACCUCCUGCAGAUAAAGAAAAGGAGUGUGCAGUUGGCUGUGUCAUGGAAAAAUUGGGAUUUAUUAAAGAUGUGACAAUGAUUUGGGACGUUGUAAAGGCAAGCAAUCCCGACAGAUACGAUACACCUGAGAAUGUUGAGAAGGCAAACCAAGUGGUGGAUGCUUGUGCUAAAAUUGUGUCAGGAAAAGGAACAGAUCUCUGUGAACUCGGAGUGAAAGGAAUAACAUGCCUUCGUGACCAAACAGAGAAGGCUCAGUUGCAGUUCCCACACUUCAGCUUUGAAUAA